AUGAAGCGCGAAAUUCGGCAAGCUUUCUUCAUCUUUUGCACGGUGAUCACCCUUUUGACAAUCUAUUAUUAUUGGAUGGGAGGAGCGAUUAAUGUUGAGGAAAUUAAACGAGAAACACGUGUAAAUGCACAAGAAUUUCACGAUUUUCAUGCUGAUCGAUAUCCGGAAUGGACAUUGGAAACGAUGGACUCGAAUGAAAACGUUGCAAUCGCCUUGGUUUACAUUGUAAAAGAUCGGAAAAAUGAGGCUGACUAUCGAAUAGCGAUCAAUUCAGCGAGAUGUUAUGCUGAAGUCCACCAAUAUGGCUUUAUUUAUGUCGACUACAGCGCCAAUAAAACCCUCCAAGAGCUCUGCCCGCAAAGCGAUUUUUUCUUUACGAGACAUUGUUUGAUGAACGAAGUCCUCCAAACAGCUCCAUACGAAUUUUUCGUCUUUUUGGAUGCUGAUAUUGGGGUAAUCAAUCCAAGGAGAAGAGUCCAAGAUUUUCUCCCAGCGGAAAGUUCGGUGAAUGUGAUGUUUUACAAUCGCUUCUACAAUGACGAGAUCAUGGCCGGAUCGUACAUUGUGAGAAAGUCAAAACAAGCUGAAAAUUUCCUGCAACUUUGGGUGGAUUACUACGAAAAGACGAAGCUUUUUCCUUUUAGUGGAACGGAUAAUGGAGCUAUACAGAGUGUGGUGCUCGAGUUUUUCGCGCCAGAGCUCAGCCCGUAUCGAGAGGUUUGCGAGAAAACCUGGAGAACAGGCAGAGGCUUCGCCGAGCUUUUCCGCUACGAGGCUUGCGCUCAGUACUUGAUCUCAUUGAUCCCGAAAAAAGAAUUCGCACAGAGGGGAUUUGUUCUCUAUCAAAAAGGCGAGGGUUGGUCAAGAGAUGGCUGGGUGUCGGGCACAUGGUGGUGCGAGAGGGAUCUCUUCUUUCAUGGAUGGAAAAAAGCUAAACUCGGCGGUGAAUGGCAGCUCCCAUUCACGAGUGAGAGCCUUUUCGAUGACAAAUGCUCUGCUAACGAGUUUGACAGAUGGAUUUACUCAACCGGCUUCAAAGUUCCUUGUCUUCAACUCGAUCUCCGACUUCAUCCAUAUUUCUUGGAAAAACGCAGUGCUUAUUAUAAAGCACUAAAAGAGCUUUUUGAUGAGAAAUUGUUUCCCGUUAAAGCUUACGAAAAAUAUGGAAUGCCU